AUGGCUGCUCUCGAUCGUGAUCGUGUAGGCUACAACAGUUCAUGACAGGGCAGAAUCCACUCAGCAGUCAAGGGCGGCUCAAAUAAACCCUGGUUCCCUCCUGGCCGAGCCUUUAGACAGGGGCCGCAACGGCGGGGAACGCACCUGUGCAUUGUAAGUGGGUGGCGCGCAGAGCCUGUUCAACCACAUCAGACCAGGGCAGGCUGACCAUCCAGUGAUCCUCGCAGGGAUGUCUGGCCGAGAGCCUGGUUUCGAGAUGGACGAGGGUAUGGAAGAAGUUGCUUGAAAGGAUCUUUGGUACAUACAUAUCUGCGCUCAAGUCCAGCUUUCCCUUGCCGCCUCUAUACCUCUAUCCGAUCUACCUACCCCCUUCCACUCCUUUCUCUUUCGGUUUCCUACUCGUAGGCUCACUCGUUUUUAACCUACUUACAUUCAUUCCUUGGAACCUAUCAGCCUCGUUUGCGGCUGUAGAAUAUCUUAUCCCAUUUUUUUUCUAUUCUAAUACUCCCCUUUUAUUAAACCAAAUUUACCCCACAGUCCUUUAUACUAUUAUUCGUCCGAAAGAUACUCGACUUUCCCAAGGCCAGCUUCUAAAAUUACUUGCGCCAUCACGAAACGUCAUCGAUCGAGACAUUUGCUUUGAUCAGCUUCCCAUUUAAAUGGUUUCAUUCUUUUCAUACAUGCGCCUUGCCCAGUAACAGAAGCAAGGCUUUUUUUUCGCCCGUGAUGGAGGUUGUUGUAUCUUCUAGAGAUGAUGGCGCGUCGGAGGUGAUGAAGGAGUGGACCGAGGAUGAGGAGGUGACACGGAUUCGGAGGGCACUGACACGAAAGCAAAGGAUGCAAUCCGGCGAGUGGAUGGGUUCCUCCCCGAGGAAGCCCACUCACGACAGGAUGAGGAGUGAAGCAAGUUCGGCGCACAUGAGGCAGUUUCAGAGUGAAAAGGCCAAGGGUCGCCAAACAGUCAACUGGCCAUUUGCGAGCGUCACGAGUGAGACGACGACCGUUAUAUCGACUCCCGUCAUGCCCGACUUCCCACUGCGCAGGAGGAGACAGACAUGGCAGACGCCCGGGAUAAGGGACAGUGACAUUUUCAGCGUCGACGGAUCCAUUGUUCCGGACUACGUGAGGAACUACAUCCGAGGAGAGACGCCCGAGUCUCUUGCCAUGAAAAGAAAGAACAACGGGCGCUUGGCCGAACGGGACGUCGAAUACAACGAGGACGGUACGGGUCACAACCGCAUGCAGUCGAGGGCAGGUGAGCUGGGUGGUUUUGGGGCUGAUGAUGGCGGACAUUCGACAAUCGGAUCCGACAUGAGCGGUGACGACAGACGCCAUCUGAUGCGAGGGGCCGGUGGUGACAGCCGGGGGAACAGAGAGUCAUGGGGGAGCUUGGCGGGAGGCUGGAGGGCCGGAGUUUCGGUGAACUUGCUCAUCGCCUUCAUCAUCUUCGCCGGUAGCCUGUCCUGCUUCCUUGUAGCCCUCGCUGGGAGUAGUUCGGCAAAGGAGUUGCUGACCAACGAGGCAAACAUCUUCAACGGGUCCUGCGGCGAAGCGUCCAGUGUCAGCUACGGCCUGCAUGCUCUCGUCAACGUCCUGGGGCUUGUGGGCAUUGCUGGUGCCAACUACGUCUUCCAGGUGCUCACCAGUCCGACACGUGCCGAGGUCGAUGCUGCUCAUGCGAAGAAGCAGUGGCUUGAUAUCGGCAUUCCUUCGGUGCGUAACCUGGGACGAAUUGCUCCCAUGCGGAGUGUGAUGGCCUUGGUUCUUGUGCUGGUGGCUGUAACCUCGCAAGUAAUCUAUAAUUCAUUAAUCUUCACGUCACAGGCCGGAGUUGGAUACAACCUCGUCUAUGUAACGGAAUCGUUCUUGACCGGAGCCCCAUUCAGCAAUGCAACGUCCAACAACACAGGGAGGCUGGGACGCCUCGACAUUCUCUCACUGCAAGACCUGGCAAACCGCAACCAACUGGUGAACAUGACUACGAGCGAGUGCAUCUCACGGUUCAGCGGCAACUUCGAAACAGAAUUCAGCGACGCGCUCUUUGUAACACGCCUCAACGACCAGAGUAACUCGCUCGUCCAGACCGCCAGCCCAGCCUCCUCAGUCAAAUUCGCCGUUAACCCGGUGGCAGCAAAGGCUGUAACGGCCGACUCGACUCCAAUCAAGUCCGAUUCCAUUAUGUUUUGCCUGGCUAAGCGGGAAACUAGCGAUUCACAGUCGUGCAGCGUGGCUCUCAACGGAUCGCUUCUCAUGGUUGUGGUCCUUCUCAACUUGUUGACAAUGGUCGUCACUGCCCUGGUUCUAUUCCGGACAUCGAAGGUUUCUAAGCCACUUGUGACCCUUGGAGACAGUCUCUCAUCGUUUCUCCAGGUGCCCGAUGAGACGACCCAGGAUUCUUGCCUAAUGAGCAAGAAGGAUGUAUUGCAGAAACGCUGGGGUCUCAGAGAGAUCAAGUACUGGGUCCCCGCGGCCCAGUACUGGUUCCAAAGUGCAAGCCUGACCCGCUGGGUGAUUAUCUGCUUCAUAUGGACCGCCAUGACAGGUCUUACAGCCUCUGCUCUGGCAAUUAACCUGUCGCGCAAAACCAACUCGUCAGCAGACCGGGCUCUUACAGGGCUCGGCACGGCUUCGGCAACUGCGGCGUUCGCACUAAAUGUACCGGCAGUAGGCGCAUGUCUUAUUGCUGCACUCCCGCAACUGCUACUGGCUGUGCUGUAUCUAGCUACCAACAGCCUCCUGACGACCUUCUACUUGAGCUACGAGUCGGCGCUCUAUGCAUGCGGGUCCCCCAGACCCCUGCGCGUGUCAUACCAGCCGCAGGGCGACCAGACUACCAGCCUCUUCCUCACACUCCCGCGUCCGCUCUCCUGGGGCCUCUGUGCUGGCUUUGCCGGCAUGGGCUUCCUGUUGAGCCAGAGCGUCUUCGUCAUGGGCGCGCAACUCAACAGCACGACUGACGGCGACAGCAUGACCACUUCGUCGGAGAUGGUGUGCCUCGGAUUGAGCGACACGGGACUCCUGGCCCUGCUAGCCGUGGUCGUCGUGUUGGGGGCCGGAGUGUUGGGCAUGAGCCUUCGGCGCGCCCCCGGAGCCACCACUGCCGACGGGCAGGCGCAGGGCAACCCGCUCGUUCUGGAGGCGGGCAGCUGCAGCGCCGUCAUCAGCGCGCGGUGCCACAACACGGAGCCCGACGAGCCAAGCGACAUGGCGGCCAGGAAGCUGAUGUGGGGAGUCGUCUCACCCCUGUUCCGAAACGGCAUGGAAGUGGCCCAUUGCGCCUACUCAUCGCGUGGCGUUGAAAGGUUAGGGAUGUCGACUGGCUAUGCAUGAAAUCAACAUGUAUACCCCAGUUGUGAUUCCUCCCCGUACAAAAAAAAAUGUUUACUUUUGUUUAUUUGUUUUCUUUGUACACCUUUCUUCUCUAUGUCUCUUUCUGUUUUCCCUUUUGUCUUGGUUACUCGGGUUGGGAAAAGAGGGAAAAGGGAAACUUAUUUCAGGCGCUACGGCUGACACGGGUGAAGAUACAAAAAGCAG